CUCGUGUUUCAAGUCGGAACUUUACAAUGUGCGCAGCCGUUGCUCGGUGUUGAUGCGGUGCACGUUAUUAUUCCACCGGUAACCAAGCAACAAUGUCUUCAGUUGAGUGUUUGAGAGAGUUUGUCAACCAGCGACUAUCUGCUGCUGCUGAAGAAAUAUUCGGAGUUUUUAAAAGAACCAUCGUCGAGUAUCAGGAAGAGAUCGAGCGGCAGCGCGGACUGUUGGAUGUUAUUUGGAAACCCGAAGUGAGGUUACACAGGAUAGGUGAGUACCACCUAGGAAAAUCUGGUUUCCAGCGCAAGACGAAACAUUAUGUAAGGUUUUCCAAUGAAUAUGUUCUCUAACGGUGUUUUUAUAAUGUCGCUGGUAAUCGUAUUACACAAGCACUGUGGGACUCAAGGCUUUACUUUAUCGUCAAUAAUGUUACAGUUUACCGCUAAACUCUAACAUUAUUGAAGAUAAAGUUCAGCCUCUUGUACUAUAUUGUUUAAAUAAUAGAAAAGUACGACACGUGCUGGUUUGCAUUUCUUUUGUUCUUUGUCCCUCCAGAGCUCCCACAGUCAAGUGUCUGUAAGCAGGAGGAGGUUCUCUCUGACCAGCAGCUGUGUCUCCGGGAGAGGAACCCCAGUGUGGACCAAGAGGACCCAGAUCCUCCACAGAUUAAAGAGGAGCAGGAAGAACUCUGCAGCAGUCAGGAGGGAGAGCAGCUUGAACCGAAGCAGGAGGCCGACACCUUUACGUUGACUCCGACUUGUGAGGAAACUGAUCACAGUGAUGAUGAGACUCCGUUUUUGAAUCCUGACAAAAGUCAGAGUGAAUCAGAGGCAGAUCCUCCAGCUAGCACGUGUACCAGCUCGUUAGAUGAAGAAAUGGACUGUGAGCGUUUUGUGGGACCAGAACCAAACAUCUCUCAUGAAUCUGAUAGCAAAGAUCAGAAAGGAGUAAAACGUAGUUUAACAUCAACCAAGGAGCCACAACAGCAGAUUCUGGCUCCUCCAGGUGAGAAGACAUUUUUGUGCAAAACAUGUGGAAAAUAUUUCCAACAAAACAAAACUUUGUUGGACCAUGUGAAAAGAUUCCACAGUGUUGAUCAACCAUAUUCCUGCAUCACCUGUGGCAAAACAUUCACUCGGUCAGAACAUUUGAAGAAUCACACAAGAAUUCAUACUGGGGAGAAGCCAUAUUCCUGCAUCACCUGUGGCAAAACAUUCACUCAUGCAUCAAGUUUGUAUAAUCACACAAGAAUCCAUACUGGGGAAAAGCCGUAUUCCUGCAUCACCUGUGGCAACACAUUCACUCGUGUAUCAAGUUUGUGUAAUCACACAAGAAUUCAUACUGGGGAGAAGCCAUAUUUAUGCACAACCUGUGGGAAAACAUUCACUCAGCUAGCAGGUUUGAAGACUCACAUACGAAUUCAUACUGGGGAGAAGCCAUAUUCCUGCAUCACGUGUGGGAAAACAUUCACUCAGCCAGCAAGUUUGAAGUCUCACACAAGAAUUCAUACUGGGGAGAAGCCAUAUUCCUGCAUCACCUGUGGGAAAAGAUUCACUCGGACAACAAGUUUGAAGUAUCACACAAGAAUCCAUACUGGGGAGAAGCCAUAUUCCUGCAUCACCUGUGGGAAAACAUUCACUCGGCCAACACAUUUGAAGAAUCACACAAGAAUUCAUACUGGGGAGAAGCCUUAUUCCUGCAUCACCUGUGGGAAAACAUUCACUCGGCGAGAACAUUUGAAGUCUCACACAAGAAUUCAUACUGGGGAGAAACUUUAAUCCUGUAUAAUAUGUGAAAGAUGUUUCAGAAGUUCUGGUAUCUUAAUUGUCCAUGUGAGAAAAAUCCACAAGCAUGAAACGUCAUAGAUGCAACUCCAGUGAUGAAAUAUUCUGAGCAAUUGUUAAGCUUAGAAAAGCGUUGAAGCGAAAAGUAUUUUCAUUCAUCUCUUCCUCCAACAUAAUUGCAGUCUGUCCAUCUCAGGAGAGGGAUCCCUCCUCUGAUGUUCUCCCUAAGGUCUCUUCCCUUUUUUCCCAUUGAAGAGUUUUUUCAUUUUUUGGGGGAGUUUUUCCUGAGCCGAUGUGAAGGUUUAGGGACAGAGGAUGUUGCAUGUGUACAGACUGCAAAGCCCUUUGAGGCAAAUGUGUAAUUUGCGAUUUUGGGCUAUACAAAAUAAAAUUAAUUGAAUUGAAUAACCAUCGCGCCGAACCCCGACCGGAUGCGCGUUCACUCAUUAAUUUAAUAGUUGUAGUUAAAUAAAUUCCUGAUAAAACAAGAUCGCAGUUUCUUAUUUAGAUAGUACUGAUAGUCAAAUAUUUUUAGUGUUCAUUUAGGGAGUCACUGUCUUAUCCUGGUUGAGGAGUGCAAGGUCGGAGGUCAAAACAGAAAUUUUCAACCAGGCAGAAACAGAUCUUUUCAACACUUGCGCUUUGUUAUGUUCACAUUAUUGAGACACAUUGCAUGUGAUUGGAUCUCGUGUUGCGGGGGGAGGACCUGCUCCCCUUCGACGCCAGUUUUGGGCCAAUAGAAAUCUUUUCUUCUAUAUCCAACAACAAGUUCAAAACGUAAUGUUCUUCCUGAUGUCAUUCAGUGGUUUUUCCAGCCUGUGGGCCGACAGAACUGCUCCUGCCUUUGCAGAACCAGCGCUGAUACUUGUGAUCUGACAAAUAAAUCUACCAGAACGAGAGAAGUUGUUUGGCUGAAAUCUUCCAGAUCUCACCAACCGGGCAUCGUAUUUUGUUCACUUUUUUCAGUGUUUAUUCAGCCACACAAUAGAGUAUUGUUGUAUUUUCCUGUUUUUUUCCUUUAUGUAACUUGCUGUUUACGAAAUGUUUUUGUGAAAUUUUUUGUAAUCCACUUAAGUCUUUGUAAAGUCUUCGUGAACAUAUCCUGCAAACGUUUAACCUGUUGGAUAUGUGUUAUUAUUUUCUGAAAUGUAUAACUAUAUAUUUGGUUUCUUGUCCAAUCUAUUACUAAAAGCUAAAGUUGGAGAUGCCGUGUCAGAAGAAUUUGCUAUUGUGAAUGGGAUCCCUCAAGGUAGUGUUAGUGGCCCCUUAUUUAAUAUUAUGAUAAAUAACGUCUUUGUGGGUAUUGAUAGAUAUAUUGGCUCUUGGCUAUAUGCUGACAAUGAAGCAAUGUGAAAAUGACAAGACUGUCCUUACAGUCAAAAUUAUUGCAAUAAUCUUGGCACUGUAAAACAGGUCAGAAAUGAGAGAGGUCGUCUGUUAAGAUUCAAAACAGCCUAAUGUCAAAAGAGAAUUUGGUGAUAGAAAAACCUCUCAUCAUGUUUAGAUAUCAUAUACUGUGAAUACAUUUGGGUCCCUGCUCAUGAAGGUGUAGAGGGCAAUUAGAGAGCAGAUGUGAUUGCAAAGACACGAAAUCCCGAAAAAGGGGACAAACACGUAUAUUUAUAGACAUUUAAAAAAGGUGAGCUAGCUACCCUAUUGGUUACAAAGUUCUUCAGUGGUGAUUGGGUUAAAGGUGGUGCGGUAAGCAGGGUCCACGCCUCUGGGCACAUGACGUCAUCAGGUGUGUUCAUCGUGACUAGGUAUUUGAAAUUUUCCAUAGGUAAAACGGUGUGAUGACUCAUUACGCUGAAUGUUGAGUUCAAAGUAGCUCGGAUUUUGAAGGCCUCUCAGUCUAUCAGUUGUGGUGUUAUCAAGUAUUACAUGAAUGCAUUUGAGUAGAUUACAUUACAUUGAAUACAAUCAUAACUGUACAUUGAUAUUAUUCUAUUGAUCACAGUUUUAAAAUUACAGUGGUUUUGCAACAUUCCCAUUACUUUAUUAAAUACAUAUCUCCAGAAUCAUGGUUGUGUUUUGUUGUACACUAAAUG